UGGGCUCUCUUGUGCCUAGAUUUUCCAGAUGGGUGAAUUUAAGUGUUCUUAGUUUAACAGCUGUUUCCCAGUACACCUCAGGAUUUAUCCACCCAUGGGUGACCUGGCAGGUCUGGUCAGCUUGGUGGCCAACACAGCCUACCUGAGAGCUCUGGAGUCCGAUAGCAACGAGCUAAGAAUGCGCCGAGAGUCUCUGACGCUGCCCACGCCAAAGAAGUUCUCUGCUCCUCGGGCAGCACUGGAGAAGACCUAUGAGUCACUUUGUGAGCAGCAGCCUAUAGGAAGGAAGUUGUUUCAGCAGUUUCUCCUGACCUCUGACCCUCAGUGUGUGGCUGUUGCUGAGUUUCUGGAGGAGCUGAACAACUGGAGCGCUGCCGAGGACGGAACCAAAGAAAAGGCCAAACAGAGGAUACUGUCAAAGUUUUGUCAGCCACAGUCUCAGACUUUCCUCUCCUUUCUCACAGCAGAGGAUGUCAAGGCGUGCCUGUCUCUUUUCGACAAAAACGACAAGGCAGCCGUGGAGCAGAUGAGAGAAGCAACUAGAAAAUUUCUAAAAGGAAAACCUUUCCUGGAGUACAUGAGAAGCCCCUUCUAUUACCGAUUCCUGCAGUGGAAGGAGUGCGAAAGGCAGAAGAUUACUGACAGAUAUUUUUACGAGUUCAGGAGUUUGGGCAGAGGUGGCUUUGGUGAGGUGUGUGCAGUCCAGGUGAAGCACACAGGCCAGAUGUACGCCUGCAAGAAGCUGGACAAGAAUCGUCUGAAGAAGAAAGGAGGAGAGAGGCUGGCCCUUAUGGAGAAGCAGAUCCUGGAGAAGGUCAACAGCGCCUUCAUUGUGAACCUGGCCUACGCUUACCAAAGCAAAACCCACCUGUGUCUGGUCAUGACCCUAAUGUCUGGAGGAGACCUCAGGUUCCACAUCUAUGAGUUAGGCAAGAGAGGCAUCCGCAUGGAGCGUGUUGUUUACUACGCAGCCCAGAUUGUUGCCGGUAUCCUCCACCUGCACUCUAUGGACAUCGUGUAUCGAGAUCUGAAGCCUGAGAACGUUCUGCUGGAUGCGAAGGGCCAGUGCCGACUGUCAGACCUGGGACUGGCUGUGGAGCUGCCAAAAGGAAAAAUGACUUGCCAGAGGGCUGGUACGACCGGCUACAUGGCUCCAGAGAUCCUGAAGCAGGAGUACUACCGCACGUCUGUGGACUGGUGGGCUCUGGGCUGCAGCAUUUAUGAGAUGGUGUCUGGUCGUUUGCCUUUUAAAGACUUCAGGGAAAAGGUCCAGAACAGUGAGGUGACUCGUCGAACUCUGGAGGAUGAUUGCAAGUUUGAAGACAAAAGCUUUGAUGGUCCAACCAAAGAUAUCAUCAACCACUUUCUCAAGAAGAAGGUUCUGUUUCGCCUUGGGUGCCGUAGAAAUGACGACCCAAGGACUCACACGUUUUUCAAGAAUAUCAAUUUCCACCGUCUGGAGGCAGGGCUGGUGGAGCCCCCCUGGGUGCCAAAACCGAAUGUGGUCUACUCCAAAGACUCUGAAGACUUUAGGGACAACUCUGAGAUCAAGGAUGUCAAGUUUGAUGCUAAGGACGAGAAAUUCUUCAAGGAGUUCAGUACUGGCGCUGUCUCUGUCCGCUGGCAGAGGGAAAUAAUCGACAGUGGAGUAUUUGACGAAUUGAAUAAUCCGGAAGUGAACGGACAUGGCCAAGAGAACAUGUGGACGUCUAGGAUGUGCAACAUUUUGUGAGAUUCUGGAUUUCUUUACUUGAAGAAAUUGUUAAAUUCACUCAUUGUUAGCGCUACGUGUUAAAUUAAGCUGCUCAGAGACAUUUUAGGCACUUGCCUUUUUUUCUUCAAAUCAAUGCAUUUCUUUUCUAUUGUACUGUUACAAAGCUUAAUAUGACAAAAAGUCUGGUAGUAAUGAUGCCAGGGCCAAACAUAACAAAACAUUAUUCACAAAAGUUAAGUAAAACAAAAGGGUUCAGCUGCUUCAAACUUUGUCCUUCUAUUCCUGGUUAGACAGUCCGUCCCAGUGGAUUCAUAGUUUCCAUUACAUCAUGCAUCCUUUUCAGCAGGCAAUUGUUCGCAUAUGUUUGUAAACAAUGGUUGUAAUGGUUGCAUGUCACUGACAAAUUGCUGGGUUAUGAUAACGUAUUUGCUGGUAAAUCUUCUAAUUCUUAUAAUCAACAAUGUGCCAAAAACCAAUAGGGCCUUUUGGUUGUGACAAGGCAAAGUCAUACACAGUGUUUAUUCAUGUGAAUCCUCUCAAUGACAGAUUUUCACCACUAAGUGUCGCCAAACACCAACAAAGUGCAUAAAGCCUCACCAUCACCUCUCAGCAACAAAAUUAGCUUGGCUGUGUUGGUCUGGUAUUUAUGAGGAUGUAGUCAUUUUUAAUAAUAAAUCCAGACACAAAGAAACUUUGUCCACACACUUUCUUUUUCCGCCUAGAAAAAAAAAGCAA